GACCUUUUCCGACACAAGUCCUCAUGACGCGGUAGCAGCAGCAGACAGCUGGAGAAGAGCUCAGUUUUCAGGUAAAAAUGGCAGUGGAGAAGCGCCUGGCGUUCUCGAUUGUGCAGUUCCUACGAGAUCAAACACACUGCGGCGCUUUGAAUUCCGACGAGCAGGAAAGCCUCGAAGUGGCGAUACAGUGUUUGGAGACCACGUUUAAGAUCAGCUCCAGUGACUGUCACCUGGCUGUGCCGCAGCCUCUCACUGAGAUAUUCCUCAAUUCACUGCUGAAGAACGACAACAUAACCGUACCCGAGACGUCCCCGUCUCCCGAAGACAUCGAGCGAGCAGAGCAGCUGAAGAAUGAAGGGAAUAAUCACAUGAAGGAGGAGAACUACAGAUGUGCGGUGGAGUGCUACACAAAGGCCAUAGAUCUGGACCUAAGAAACGCCGUGUACUACUGCAACAGGGCGGCAGCUCACAGUAAACUGGGCAAUUACACAGAGGCGACUGGUGACUGUGAGAGAGCCAUCGGGAUUGAUCCCACCUACAGUAAAGCGUAUGGACGGAUGGGUUUGGCUUUGACGGCCAUGAACAAAUAUCCAGAGGCCAUUUCCUACUUUAAGAAAGCGCUGGUUUUAGACCCCGACAACGACACGUACAAGUCCAACCUGAAGAUUGCAGAGCAGAAGCAAAAAGAAGCAACCAGUCCAGUAGCUGCUGGACUGGGCUUCGACAUGGCUAGUUUAAUAAACAACCCCGCCUUCAUUAGCAUGGCAGCAAGUGUGAUGCAGAACCAGCAAGUACAGCAGCUCAUGUCUGGGAUGAUGUCUAAUGCAGUGGGCGGUCCUGCAGCAGGAGUGGGCGGACUCUCAGACAUUUCCAGUUUGAUUGAAGCGGGACAACAGUUUGCCCAGCAGAUCCAGCAGCAGAACCCAGAGCUGAUCGAGCAGCUGAGGAACCACAUCCGGAGCCGCUCCUUCAGCGGCAGCGCCGAGGAACACUCAUGAUCGGCUCAGCCUGAAGGUUUUUCUUCCGAGGAAGGACAACCACAAGGCGCGAUUACAAUCUCUACACCCAUUUCUUAGAGCCCCGGCCUGGCAGGAAGGAGGAGACAAGGAUGGGGUUGAAGGCACUUUACUGUGACUCAAGGCUCACGAAAGGAGACUGAACCAUGACACAGAGCAUCCCACACAUUUAGGGCAAAAUAGAUCAGCACCUCAUCAUAAAGAAAAACAAAGAGAAGCAAGAAUGUGUUCAACCUUACUGACAGGACAGGAGUAGGUGAUUUUGGUUUUUGAGCUUUUACUGCAGAGAUCGGUUUUCACGUGUGGUAAAAAUACUUCCCUCUUGGUUUCACGAGCGUCUCUGUCUGCGAUGAGUCGAGGGCGAGGGAGGUUUGUACUUUUACAGCAUUUGCAGGGAACAUUCGCAGCUUUUUUUUCUCUCAUACACUACAGAGAAAAAUUUACUCUGUAUAUACUGCGUCUCGUUUGUCACUACUUUUGUAGACGAGACGGAACAACUCUUAUUCUUUCACUGGGACCAUUCAGUUCUUCAGAUCACGUCACUGCUUUUCAGUGAGAACGCCUUCACUUUUGAGGCAGCUGUGGAAGUGUAUCCCAGUGACUGCGGCCUGAGUUCUGUCGGAUUUUGCACUUUAGCG